CGCCGUUUCCGUGUUACUUUUGCUUCCUCUACCCUCAUUCUGACAUUUGACUUCGAUUCGACUUCCUGAAUUUUCACAAUGGCUGAAAAUACAGUGCCGGAAACGCUGAGACUCGAGCUCCUUGACAUCGAGCCUCAGGUCGAUUUAUACAUCAUAAAGUAUAAUGAUCGUCCCUAUAUUCACGUCUUGGUUGCUUGGGCAAUUUUAUCCGCUACCUAUUCUGCAGAUGAUGAAGCAUCCAUCAAUUUCCUAGAACACAGCCAGGAAAAAGAUGUUCUUCACCUUCGAUUCCACCUUGAUGACGAACAUACCAUCGAGGAGCUCUAUAAACGAGUUCAAGAGGAGUUGAAUGACGGCGUAAGGCAAUCCGAAGACUCGGAAACGCCCAAUGGAGGUAUUCCAAAAGCUCUCAUCACAACCAGUCUCGAUUCCGAGGUCUGCAAGUUUCUGGAUGAAUCUACUUAUGAUCUGGCCAUAGCCCCGGGCUUUAUCGCACGCGAAGAUGGCAAAAAUGUGUUUCGCCUAAAAGUCUGUUCAAAGUCUUCACUGACCAAGUCCGAACUGGAUCUCAUUCUGACCCGAUUGGACAACCUCUUUACUCAACUUUAUGGCUCGAUGCAUGAAAAGAUUCAGAAGUUGGACUCCUUAAUUGCAUCGGACAAGACUGAUAUUGCCGCAUUGAACGAGGGCAUGCCACCAGCAGAACACGUCUUCGCCCAUGAGGUAAGUAUUCGAUUCUUAGGGGUAGAAGCAUUCCUCUGUCCGCUCUCAGAGCGGAGAUCCUUUUCAUAUCCUCCGACAAUCAUCUUCAUUCUUGAUUCAUUCUCUUUGACAAACCAGAAAUAUACUAACGCCAAGGUCUGCGUAGCUCGUCGCUCAACAGGCGAGAAUAACUCCCAACAAUGAAGCUGUUUGUGCAUGGGAUGGAAGCCUUACAUACGAGGAGCUUGACAAAAAGGCAGUCUGUGUUGCAAACUACCUCGUCCAGCGCGGCGUUACUGUCGGAAGCUGGGUUCCUCUGUUAUUUGAAAAGUCCAAAUGGCAUAUUGUCUCAAUGUUGGCAGUAAGAACUCAUCCAAUGCCUCUAGUUUGUGGAAAAUAAACUAAAGAUAAAUUGCAGGUAUUAAAAACUGGUGCCGCCUUCGUUGCAUUGGACGUUACCAUGCCAGUUGGUCGCAUUGCAAACAUUUUGAAGCAACUUGACAAUAUACCAAUGGCUUUGGCCUCAUCAAGCCAAUGUCAGAAGUUCCAAGGAAUCGUGGACUCAGUCGUUGUAUUCAAAGAGAACUUGACAAUGCUAGAGAGAUCCAAUCAUCUUCUGCCAGCCACUGGAGUUGAGGGUGGAAUUCAAUCCGACCAGCUUGCUUAUGUUAUCUUUACAUCUGGCUCAACAGGUAAGGUACCCUUAAAGUGGACUCUGAGGCAUAGAUCCAAAUCUUUCAGGGAAUAUGGCUACAUUCAAGUACUUAUGCUAAUUUCUGGCAAGGCAUUCCAAAAGGUGCGGUGAUCGAACAUAGUAAUCUAACCACAAGCAUCAAAGCACUUAACGCGGAAAUUAAUGCCACUUCCGAUAUGCGCUCCUUUCAGGUGACCAUGUUGAAUCUCGACUUCUGUAUUUCCGAGAUCUUCUGCCCAUUAUUCUGUGGAGGCUGCGUCUGCAUUCCUUCUGAGUGGUCUCGAUUCAACGACAUACCGGGGGCGGUUGAUUCUUUGAACGCAAAUUUCAUGAGUCUUUCACCUACCCUUCUUUCAACAAUGGCAAUCGCAGAUUUUCCGAAGCUGAAAAGCGUCUUACUGGCAGGAGAGCGUGUAUGGAAAGAUCUCACAGACCCGUGGAUGGAGGCCGGGAAGAGGGUGUUGCACAUGUAUGGACCCACGGAGUGUACUGUUGGCUGCUGCUUCCUGGACCCAGAUGUAAAACCACAUUAUACUGGCCUCAUCGGAAAUCCGUAUGCCAGCAAGUUCUGGAUUGUUCACCCCCAAAAUAGUGACAAACUGCAGCCAAUAGGGGCGCCAGGUGAAAUUCUGAUUGAAGGGCCAACGGUAGGCAGAUGUUAUCUUGGGGAUGAGAAAAAGACAAAAGAAAUCUUUAUCCCUCCUCCCGCAUGGUUCUCGAGUAUCUGUCAACGGAGGCCUGUUCGAUUUUAUAAAACAGGGGAUCUUGGCAGAUUGACCAGGGCUGGUGAUUAUGAGAUUGUCGGCCGCAAAGAUAGUCAGGUAAAGAUCAGAGGGUGGCGAAUUGAGAUUUUGGAGAUUGAACAUCAAAUACGCUUAGCGAGUGGAUUGGGCACAGCGGUCGAGGUACGCAAUCCAACAUUGAUUCCCGGACAAGAGCAGCUGGUUGCGUUCUUAGAAUUUCAGAAACAUCGGGACCACGAAGGUACUACGGCAGAUGUAGACGUUCUUUGGGAAAAGCUUGCAUCCGAUGAGACUGAAUUUUCGAAGAUGAUUGUUCAGAUGGAAACCAAAUUGCGCGAAGUACUGCCCGAUUACAUGAUUCCCGCGGCCUUUAUACCAAUUCGGACCUUCCCCAUGACCAAUAUCUUCAAGCUGAAUCGAAGAAAACUCAAGGAAACGGCCAAUUCUCUGGACCUUGCCUCGAUUCGAAGCUCAAGACAUGGAACUCGGGAAGAUCAAGCGGACCGACCCUUAUCAGAAGACGAAAAGAAACUUCUUGAGAUUUUGAAUGAGGCACUUCACCUUCCUAUGAACACCAUCGGAGUCUUUGAUGACUUUUUCAGAGCAGGAGGAGAUUCUUUAAAGGCCAUGGCAGUAGUAGCAGCAGCUCGUCGUAAUGGCAUGAAUAUCUCUGUGGCCAAUCUAUAUCAAUUUCGAAAUGUUCAGGCCCUGGCGCAAAACAUCGGCGAAGAAGAUUUCGACGGAGUUCAAGAUGAACCUUUCUCCCUGCUUGAUGGUUCAACCGCCGCGCAAAUUCUGGAAGUUGCUGCUGAGCAAUGCCAAAUUGCAUCUAGGAUCAUCGAAGAUAUCAUGCCGCUCACUGAUAUGCAGAAGUGGUACAUUGAGCAUGAUCAAAUGCGUCAGUUCCGCUGCUGGAUAAGUACAGCCUCAUUUGAAAUGCCUGCGGAUGUUGGGGUUGAGCAAAUUCAGAGCCUUUGGGGACAAUUGAUGGCCCGCCACCCAAUCACGAGAACGCGGUUUGUGAAUACCCCAUUUGGUGUUUUCCAAGUCGUUUUGAAGUCUGAAAGCGUGAUCUGGGAGAAGUCCUCUGAUGUCGCAACUCUGUUGGAAGACCUGGAGGGAGAUAUCCGUGGGCUGGGAUUCCCUUCUCAUGCAAGCGGUCUUCUUAUCAACAGAGACCAAAAACCUUCCCAUUUAAUCUGGUACGCCAGCCAUGGGCUACUGGAUCAGUUGAUGCUUGAACUCCUUAGCGAAGAGCUUAACAUCUUGUACAAGUCUGGAAGCUCAGGUCUCCGUAGUAGACCACCAUUCAAGCGCAUCGUCCAACACCGAAAUGCUUCUGACAAGAGUGAAUCGCAUAAAUUCUGGCAGUCACACUUUAAAGGCGCAAAUUUCAAGGCUUUAUUCAAAGAAAACCAAACGAUAGAUUCGCUGGCAGACCGCAGGUUGUCCAACGAAACCGAAUUGACUAUUCCCGAAUGGCUCAAGGUAUCAGAGUAUACAGUUUCCAUGACUGCACUUGCAUUGACGUUGGCAAAAAUCACGGGCAACGAGGACAUCGCCUUCAUGCUGGCCCGCACUGGCCGUGUAGGAGGAAUGGUGGGAAGCGAAAAUGUAGCCGGUCCAUUGAUUACGAGAGCACCUCUACGUAUCUCUGUCAAGCGAGAUCAGAGCAUCGCAGACUUACUCCGUAGUGCUGACAGCGACUUUCUAGAGUCCGGUAAACACGAGAUUGUCGAUGUGAACGACUUCUUGAGCUCCUCCCCGGAAGCUGCUGCGCAUCUGAAGCAUGCACUCUGGGUAAAUUUCAGACCACCCACUGGAGGCUUGACUCUUGGUCGGGAUAACCUGUUUACCCUGAACAGCGAUUUUCGAGAUGGAAUGGCUGAGCGAGAUCAGAUCAUUAGUAUUUUCGGGCAGAUCUAUCAAGGAAAGCUGAAAAUGGAUGUUAUUUGGGAAGACAAAUCGAUUCCUCAUGGUGCUAGUGAGAAGUUGUUGGAAGGGUGGCAAGCGAUGGUACAAUUACUUGGUAGAAGCGAGCCGAGUUUGAGUGUUGGCAAGGUUCUAAAUGGCUGAAGUGGAGGAAGCAAAGCCACUCUGUGUCUUAAAUGAAGAUCAAACCAGUACUUAAUAUCAAGAUAGCGUUUCAUAGUCGAUUGCUAAGUAGCCAAACAUCGUAUG